AUGACAACACGUCGUCAAGUGGUUCCUCGUCAAAUAUAUACUCCUACACAAACUACACCUCCACCAAGCCAUUAUCUAAUCGUUUUUCAAGAUACCGAUUCUUACCAAAUUGUUGCACGAUCAAGUGUUAAACAAGUUCAAGGUGAUUAUGCUUUUAUUACAAUUCAUCAUAAAUUGAUAAAAGCUAAAAUUAUUCAUCAAGGUUCUUUCGAGGAUUGUAGUACAGAACGUUCGCGAUUGACACGAAUAUCACAAACAGAAUCGAAUUCAGAAAAUGAUGAUUGUCAACGUGAAAGAAUAAAUGCUAGUCAUUCGUACACAAAUAAUGCUAUGCAUCCCAAAACUAAUCAAUUAGAUUGUCCACCAUCAGUUACAUCGAAAUCACCAGUUCCAACUCGUAAUGCAUCACUUCGAAAUAUUUUUGAUCAAGACGAUCAAGAUGAUGACGAUGAUUGUGCUGAUUAUAAUUGUGUUGAUAGUGAUGAUCGGCAAGCAAUGCUCGAAAUAGGUCAAUGCUUUUUAUCUAAUGCCAUAUUGAACAACGAAAUUUGUAUGUUUCCUUGCAGAUUCAAUAUAUGCGCGCUUGAACCAUUUAUCGAUAAAUCAGGUGAAAAAUUUCCAAACGAAGUGAUGUUUGGAAGCAUCAAUCUUCUUGAUAUCAUGGGUACCGAUUAUGGUGAUUAUACAAGAGAAGUUCUACGUAAAGUUUUUACCGAGGAUGAACGAAAAAAUUGUAUUUUACCACCACGAAGGGAAUAUUUAAAGAGAGAACCACUUGACGAAGAUAAAUAUAAACUGUGCAUGAAUGCUGUUCGCAUUAAAUUUAAACUGGAUUCAGUCAAUUUUGGCUUGUUUUAUAAAUCAUUAUUAAGAAGAAAAAUUACUGACUUUUUGAUCGAAGAAAGAAGACGAGAUACUCAAAAAUUAGCUCGACAAUCAUUAAAGGAAAGUCGAUCUGAACAACCGAACGUAUUGAGUUCUGAUUGA